AUGCCAGCACACGCGUUCUUCGGCGGCGCGGCUGGGCGCCCGGCGCCGCGUACAAAUGCAACUGCCAGUGAAACGCUGUCUGAUGAGGGCCACUCGGAGGCCAUCGACCUCCAGCACCUGAGCUCACUCCUGUCAGAAUUUCUGUCUUCAAACAGCAGCCCCGGCGCCGCUGAGGCGACACCGGCUGCCGGGGCUCCUCGCGCCACAGUCGUCGGCCUGGGCCGCUUCGCUGCGGCCGCGGCUGCCGCCGCAACGGCAGCAGGGUCCCGCACGCCGCAGCCGCCGCAGCGCGCGCCUGCCGCGGACGAGCCUGCUGGCGACCUUCCCAGCAGCGAGUCUCUCGAGGCCCGCGCGGCCGCCGGCGCGGCCGCGGCGUCUGCGUCGGCUGCCUUGGUGGCAGACCUCGCCAGCACCGUCGCCGCCCUCGCGCGCCGCGCGGCCGCGGCCGACACGGAGGGCGCCGCCGCCGCCGGGGAGCUCCAGGCGCUGCGUAGGGAGUCGGGGGUGGCGCGGCUAGGGCUGGACGAGGCGCGGGCGGGGCUCAAGGCGGCGACCAACCAGAUUUCGCGCAUGCUGCUGCUGGGCCGCAACACGCAGGCUUCCCUCCAGGCCCUCAACGCGGGAGCAGAGCAGGAGCGCGCGUCACGCGCCGCCCUGGAGCGGCGCGCGGACGACCUCGAGGCGCAGCUGGCGCAGCAGCAGCGCGAGCUGGCCCUGCUGCGCGGCGCGUCGGUGGCGCAAGCUGGGCGCUUGCUCGCCCAGCAGGAGCAGGCGGGCGCGUGCAGUGCCGAGCGCAAGGCGCUGCGGGCGGCGUGCGGCGAGCUGGCCAAGCGGGCUGACCGCUCGGCUGCCGCGGAGAGGCGGCUGGCGUCGGAGCUGGGCCGGGCGCGGCAGCAUGUUGAGGGGGAGCUUGAGGAGCUGCGCAAGGGAGCAGAGGCCGCGCGCCGGCGUGGCCGCCUGGACCUGACCAUGCGUGCGGGGCUGCGCGAGCAGGUCAGGGCGCUGAGGGCGCAGUGCGAUGAGCACAAGCGGCAGAUGGAGAGGCUCAAGGCCAACGGGAGGGAGACGGCGCGGCAAAUCGCCCUCAGGCCGAAGAUGCCCCAGCCCCAGCGCCUGCAGCCCAGCGGCCUGCAGUAA